CAUGUUCAGAUUUCGCUUUUCGCCGGGAGCUUCUCUCCAGUUCUCUCCGCGUAACGCGCCGCGGCCCCCAGCGCGUCAUUGACUCUGCGCAACUUCAUACUUACUCGUUGAUAAGGGUACAUACAUGCGCCAUUCGUAUUCGGAAAUGACGGCUUCACGUAGAGUUGGCCCGUUUUGCGUUUCAACUGCCCUUGUAUGCGCGCUCGCGCUGGUAGUAUCGCGAGCUUCGGCAACACAAUCAACACGAUCGCUUAAACAAUCUACUUCGGCCGUGGGGGUCGCGACGCCUUCGCCGACCCCAUUCACAGCGGGGCCAUGCCCCUGCAAAGAAGGCGACGGCUUGGUGUGCGUUAACAAGACGUGCCAGUGCCGCUCUGGCACCACCUAUUGCGGAGCAAACGACGGCUGUGUGAACCUGUCGAAGGACAAUGACAUGCAUUGCGGAGCCUGUAACAACAAGUGCACAGGUGGCGCCAAGUGCCGCAACGGCAAGUGCGUCUGCCCCAAGGGCAAGGUGCGGUGCGGCGCGGGAUGCGUCGCUGUUGCCAGCUUCCAACGCGAUGAGCGCAACUGCGGCGGCUGCGGCACAGUGUGCGGUACCGGACAGACGUGCGACACGGGCAUCUGCGUGUGCCCGGAUCUCCCUGCGUCGAGUAACGGGGGCACGCGUCUUCAACAGUUCUGGGACGACGACCUGAAGACGUGCGUUGCCCUUCGGCCCGGCGAGUGCAAGGGCGGCUUCCUAACCGCCGCCGGUGGUUUCAACCGCUCCGGGAAUGUGCCAUACCCGAGCCAACCGCAAAACACGCUGUUUGCAUUUCUGACCGCCGCGUCAUACGACUGGUUUUGGGGUCUGUCUCCGAAGACGCCCGACAAGGCUUUCACAGCCUGCAUGCAGAGGUGGGGCAUCGUGGCCCCGCCCGUCGUCAAGAACUACCGGGUGAAGCCGGCGCAGCAGGGCAGCACGACCCCGGCGGUGACGUACACAACCAUUGUGAUGCGCACAGCUACGGACGUGUUCGUGCUGCUGCGAGGGGACGAAAACCGGGCCUCGUGGCUCGCCCCCCUCAGCGCCCAGACCGAAAGUGCCGGAGAGUGGUUUACCAUGGACACGCGGCUUCAGGUGGACAUGAAAGCGGCAUUCAGCGCCACCGACGUGGACCUAUUGCGGGCGGUGCGGAAGGCCUACACGGAGGUGGGCGUCAAGCCGGCGGGGGCGGCGGCAGGCGGCGGCAACACCUCGCGCAUCUACGUGGCGGGACACGGCAUGGGCGCUGGCGUGGCAGCGAUUGCCGCGCUGCGUCUGAUCACGGCCCUUGGAGUGCGCGGGCCCUUCAUGGGCGGCGUGUACCUGUUCAAUGCGCCGCGUGUGGGCAAUGACGUGUGGCGUAACGGCUACAACAACCUACUUGGGCCCAGGACGCUGCACUACAGGAUUGCCAGGGACUACUUCCCGGUGCCGCCCCUGUCCGCGGGCCUGCGCGAUGUGGGCAACACCGUCAUGUUCUGUCCCAACAUGCUGGUGGCGCCGUACAACGCCAGCCAGGACGCUCACUCCAGCUUGGCGGUCAACUGCCAGAUUGGGCCCGAGUCUUGGGCCCCCAGCAACACGGCUCUCUUCCUGCCCUCGGCGGCGUAUGACAUCCUGCAAGCCCGCAUUGGAACUCCUUGUAUCCUGAAAGCGUCGCAAAGCUGCAAUAUGGUGCCAAACUGCCAGGCGUCUGACAAGCCGACCAAGGGCACCAAUGACACCUACAGCAUGCACUGCCUCGGCUGCUUCGAGGACUCGGACUGCGCGGCGCUGGGCUACCCUGUGGCCUUCUGCGACAACUUCCGAUCCGACUCGCCCUCCGCCUGCCACAUCGCCGUGCCUAACGGCCGGGCGUGCGACCUAGACAGGGAUUGCUCCAGCGGGCACUGCGUGACGGGCGUCUGUCGGCAAUGCGAUGAAGACAACCACUGCGUCAGCGGCACCUUCUGUGAGGCGCCGCUCUCUGGCCCCAGCGUCAACCCGCUGCGCCCCGACCUGCUGUACUCGUGUCGUACUGCCUUCCGGCGCGGCGAGGCGUGUGGCCGCGACCGGCAGUGCCGCAGCGACCGAUGUAACAGCACCAUGACCACACCCACCUGCCUUUGAUGAGCUAAUCGCAACUUACUUGAGGUGGAUGCGCUUUUGACGCCAUAAAGUGCGGAUUACGUGGUAUGAAGGUAAUCCCUGCGGAUAUCCUCGUUUGUGGUCCUGCCGAGAAGGCCGUAAACGAACAGGAGCGCACAUGGGGAGGGCGUCAUGUAUGAUCUGACUCUACAAAUAAGACCGCCCACAUCGAACGGCACAUGAGCCCGCCGGCCGAUUGUACAUAAAUGUUUGAUGCUGUACCUAUACAUAAGUUACCGGGAAGUGCCUAGAGGCCAUGAGGUUUGCGUGUAUGUGCGUGUGUCGGUGUGUGUUCUUUGGUGUGGUUUUCGUAGGCGGCUCAUGCAUUGGACAGCGGACGAGCACGGCUGGAAAGACGCACGUGCAAAAUUUGAAGGCGCGCAUGCCUUCACGGGUCUCGUUUUGGAUGUGCAUGCAGAAAGCGUAGCACCCAUGUCUGUCAUUGUGGCUCGGACGGGGCGCACAGAUGAAGUGGUUGGCUGCGGCAGAAGCCCGGUGGCUGCUCCACAUCCUUGUCCAGGCUUCUCAACCCAUAUAGAGGCGUGUUGCAGGCUGUGUGCCAGCCAGCCACGUCACUGCGGCAUGUGUGGCCAGCCCAUGCAGCCCCUGCCGGCUGCGGGCGCAGCGCGUGGCCUGGCACGCACCCCUGGGCUGGGUGCCGCCUAGGCGGUGUCCGUGCGCGGGCUGCUUUGCCGAGUUGCGAUGCUGGCGACUGCUAUGCAUGUAUGCAGAGGUGCCUGGAGGGCGCGGGGUAGGAGCGGUAUGCGCCAGAGGGGCAUGGCGGCCUAGGAACUGCACGUAGGGCACUGCCCGGGCACCGUGCCACGGCCCGGCCUGGCACACGUUUGUGGCGGUGCUGGCGAGCGCUGUGAAAUAUUAGAUAUACAGUCAUAUGUGUAGGCCAUAUGUCGCACUGGUUGGGCUGCAUUGGGUCAGGCCUCAGGAGUUGUUUUCGCAAUUCUCGCGCGGCCGGCCCGGUCGCGAGCUGCAAAGGCUUGGUCU